AUGGCAUAUGUAACGCCAGCUGGACAUGCAGAUCGCCCCGAUAUUUUACCCAACCAAAAUACUGUUACAGUUUUUGCUCAGAAUCAUCAAGCAGUGCUAGCACAUGCCAUGUUCUGUCAGUUGCAGCAAAGGCAUGACGUGAAUGCCUUUCAAGAGCCAAUAUGGAAUGAUAUGAAUACCACACAGGAUCCAACACAGUAUGCCAUGAAUACCAUUCAGGAUCCAACACAGUAUGCCAUGAAUACCAAACAGGAUCCAACACAGUAUGCCAUGAAUACCAAACAGGAUCCAACACAGUAUGCCAUGAAUACCAAACAGGAUCCCACACAGUAUGCCAUGAAUACCAAACAGGAUCCAACACAGUAUGCCAUGAAUACCAAACAGGAUCCAACACAGUAUGCCAUGAAUACCAAACAGGAUCCAACACAGUAUGCCAUGAAUGCCAAACAGGAUCCAACACAGUAUGCCAUGAAUACCAUUCAGGAUCCCACACAAUAUGCAAUGAAUACCAUUCAGGAUCCCACACAAUAUGCCAUGAAUACCACUCAGGAUCCCACACAGUAUGACAUGAGCGCCACUCAGGAGCUCAACACGGCAUGA